AUGAACAAGCGACAACCGGAACGUGACAAGGAAGCGGCAUCGGAAGCCUCGCGGGUUGGAAGUAUGCCACCGCAGUCUCCGUUCAUGGCUCGACAGGCCGAGAGAGCCCACAUGACGGGGCUCUCUCCUAUUGAGGAGAUGCGGCUGGCGCAGAAUGAACUUCGAGCUAAAGCCGCAGCUCGGUUGCCGCCAAUCGCAGAGCCUUCGCGCCGAAAGUCUUUGCACCAACAAAUUACACAGACCAGUUUGAUGAAACUCGUGACGAUGCGGGAUAUGGUUCGUAAAGUCAAGAAUCGAGCCAAAGUGGCGGUGGUGAAACCCGCGGACGGCAAAAUGAGCGAGUUCCACGACCAGAGACUGGAGCGAGACAUGGACGAACUCACUCCAGCUGAAGCUUUGGACUUUGUCGAGACGGUUUCCAAGAAUGAACUCAUUAUUAACAAGAAGAAGCAGAAAUUCGACGAAUCGGCUGUGCCCAAGUACAUUAUUUCACCUCACGGCAAGUUCCGUGUGCGGUGGGAUCUCCUCUCGGUCUCACUUAUCUUCUAUAAUUCACUCAGUAUCCCUUUCCAAUUGUCUUUUGGAGCCUCGGUGUCACACUCACUGGUAGCACUGGACUACAUCCAGCGAGGCAUCGACUUUUUCUUCAUCGCAGAUAUUCUCAUAAACUUCGUCUCAGCUUACGAGGAGCGUGGUCAAAUCGAAGUAAGACUCACGGCGAUAGCUCGGAAGUACUUCAAGUCGUGGUUCUUACUAGACUUCCUCUCAGCCUUCCCGCUCUACUACAUCCAAGGCUCUUACUUCCGUAUCCCACAACUUGCACGACUAUUCCGCCUGUUCCGUCUCCUGCGCCUAGUUCGCAUGCUUACCAUUACGCGCAUUCUCAAUAGACUUGACUAUGCACUUCUACUGCGAUCCACAGUCAGCAGCAUCUUUAAAUUCUGCAUGCUGGUAUGCUUCACCUCACACUGGCUAAGUUGCUUCUUCUUCCUCAUAAGUUACGACGAAGAUGACGGCUGGGUGGCCUCGAUGGGGCUUCAAGACAAGAGUCUGUACGAAAAAUACGUCACGUCCUUCUACUGGGCGAUCAUGACCAUGACGACAGUGGGGUAUGGCGACGUGCAUCCUACCACUACACACGAGCGAAUAUUCGCCAUCGUCGCGAUGAUCCUCGGCGCUUGGAUUUUUGCUUAUGGCAUCACAAAUGUCGUCGCUAUGGUGACGAAUCUGAACGGAGCGGACAGUCGAUUCCAGCUGCGUAUGGACGAGCUGAACGACUACAUGGAGGCCCGCGAGCUGCCAAUGCAACUACGAUACGAGAUCCGCGAGUUCUUCUUCAACGCGCGAAUAUCGGCCGAGUCCAAGCUGGCAAACGAAGGUAAAAUCUUGGCAGAAUUGUCCGCUUUACUACGUUCCAAGAUCGCCUUUGCUAUCAACGACAGCGUUCUCAACAAGAUGCCGUUCUUUGCUGGAGCCGACCACAAUUUCUUGAUGGAACUCGCUCUGAGUAUGCGUAUGGUGUGCUUUCCACCCUUGGAGGAGGUCAUUCUUGAAGGAGAAAUAGGCGAAGAAAUGUUCUUUAUCUUCCGAGGUGUGGUGGAGAUCGUCAAGUCGGGAGUUCAGCUCGGACUGCUCGGUCAGAAGCAGUACUUCGGUGAGAUGGCUAUUCUGAACCAGAAUUGUCUGCGUACUGCAACUGUGCGUACACUCUGCUUCUGCGAGCUGCGUAUGCUCACACGAGAGAAAUUUCUCAUCGCCCUCACGCACUAUCCAGCCAUGAAGCAGCGUAUUGCUCGUAUCGUGGACAAACGCACCAAGACUACACCCAAGAAACUCAGUUCCAAGUCAACAGAGAGUUCGCUCACUGCACUCGAGAAGAUGGCAGCAUCUGCAGCCAUAGACGAUAAGACCGCCCAACAGCUCGUGACCCCCACUCCAGAGACUACACUUAACCGCAUCUCCCAGCUCAACACGGACUUCUCCGGUUCCUUCCGCAACCAGACAGCGGAGAGUGAACUCGAGAAGAUCCAAGCCAAAAUCAGCGGCAUGAUCCAAAUGCAAGACCGACUCGGGCGGCUUGUUCAGGAUCUUGAAAAACAAUUAGGCGACGUUACCGAAGCGCUCUAAAAGUCUAGAAAUUACCCCAAACAAUGGAAAGCGUGUCCGCUGGCUGGACGUUCAUCAUCCA